GGUCAAGAGGAAAUAAGCCGGACCUUAUGAUUCGUAUGUUUGUCCACAAAAAAUGGGAAGAAAUUGAGUAUCUUGAGAGUGGGAAGUGGAACUGCAAUGAUGAAAAAAUUCGUGACGAUCAUAACAAAUUAGUGCAAUUCUGUUUAGACGGAACAGAAGAGCUUUUUAAAAUUUGUAAAAAAGGAUCUCUUAAUAAAAAUUAUAUAGGAUUUGGUGUUAACAUUGCAGACGAAUCAGUCGAUGAAGUAGAGGAAUUUGUACAUGCUUUAUUGAUUUUACGAAAUGGAAUGAUCGUAAAUGCGCAAGAACAGAAAGAUAAAGUAAAAGCUAUCACUAAUGUUUCGCAAUCUUCUAAUGAUACUCCUAUAUCUGAUAUAUCUGAGAAUGCUUCAGCACGAAUGUGCAGGCUCACGCCAAAUUCUGAU